CAAGACUGCCUCUACUUCAGACGUCAGCAGUUUCAAGGCACCUGCAUUUCUGCCCAGCUGAUGACAAAUUUAGGGGCUCUCAUGGCUCUGGAGUUCAUCAGUUCACUAGAAUGACUCAUAGUACUCAGGAAAACAGUAUACUGAAAAUGAUUAGUUUUAUUAUAAAAGAUACAACUCAGGAACAGCUAGAUGGAAGAAACACGAACAUUAUAGCUGAACCAUCAAGGUCUAACGGAAGCAUCGUUCACCAUUCUUCAUCUUCAUAUGUUGUGUAUCCACCUGAUAAGCCUUUCCUUAAUAGUGAUCUGCGACGCUCCCCAAAUAAGCCUACACUUGCCUAUCCAGAAAGCAACAGCAGAGCCAUAUUUUCUGCUCUGAAGAAUCUUCAAGAUAAGAUUCGACGCUUAGAACUUGAAAGAAUUCAGGCAGAAGAAAGUGUGAAAACUUUGUCUAGAGAAACAAUUGAGUAUAAGAAAGUACUGGAUGAACAAAUACAGGAAAGGGAGAAUUCAAAGAAUGAGGAAUCAAAGCACAAUCAAGAACUGACAUCUCAGUUGUUAGCUGCAGAAAAUAAAUGUAACCUUUUAGAAAAGCAAUUGGAAUACAUGCGAAAUAUGAUAAAGCAUGCAGAGAUGGAGAGGACAUCUGUCUUAGAGAAACAGGUUUCCCUAGAAAGAGAACGACAGCAUGAUCAGACACAUGUUCAGAGCCAACUUGAAAAACUGGAUCUUCUUGAACAGGAGUAUAACAAACUUACAACAAUGCAGGCCAUUGCAGAAAAAAAAAUGCAAGAGUUGGAAGCAAAACUCCAUGAAGAAGAACAGGAAAGGAAACGCAUGCAAGCUAAGGCAGCUGAGUUGCAGACUGGUCUAGAAGCAAAUAGACUUAUCUUGGAAGAUAAGGCGACUUCAUGUGUUCCCAGUGCAAAAAGAAUUAAAAAAAAGAAGUCAAAACCACCAGAAAAGAAAGGCUCUAGAAACUAUUUUGGCGGACAGCCACAUUAUAGAUUAUGCUUGGGUGAUAUGCCGUUUGUAGCUGGAAAGUCCACCAGUCCUAGCCAUGCCGUGGUAGCCAAUGUUCAGCAUGUCUUGCAUCUAAUGAAGCAGCAUAGUAAAGCUUUGUGCAAUAAUCGAGUAGUCAACAGUGUUCCUCUGGCAAAGCAAGUACCUUCACAAGGUGGUAAAAGUAAGAAGUCAGUAACGCCUCCCUCCUCCAACAGCAUUAAUGAAGAGCUGUCGGAAGUCUUACAGACUUUACAGGAUGAAUUUGGGCAAAUGAGCUUUGAUCACCAGCAGCUUGCAAAACUUAUUCAAGAGUCUCCAACCGCUGAACUGAAAGACAACUUAGAGUGCGAACUGGAGGCACUGGUGGGAAGGAUGGAGGCAAAAGCCAACCAAAUAACUAAAGUUCGAAAAUACCAAGCCCAGCUGGAGAAACAGAAGCUAGAGAAACAGAAGAAGGAAUUAAAACCUACCAAAAAGACUCUUGAUGAAGAAGGAAACAGUAGCAGCCGUUCUUCUGGAAUCACAAGGACCACAAAUCAGAAGAGUUUUGCCAAACUGAGACCUGGGGAAAAAAGCAGGAAAAAUCUCCAGUUAUUGAAGGACAUGCAAAUCAUACAGAAUUCAUUACAAAGCAGUAAUUUGAGUUGGGAUUACUGACUACUACUACCAGGUCAUAAAUUUUAUUCAGAUAAUCUUUACUUCAUCAGUCAGAUGUUGACAAUUUACUUUCCAGGUCUCAUGCUUAAGUUGAAAUUAAUUAAUAGCAGGUUGUUAAGGGGCCCAAGCUUAAUUACAUAGGCUGCUUAUGUCAUGCAGCAUGACUUAACAUUAGGCCAUUCAAAUGGGAACCAGGAGAGUUCUAAAGCCUGAGAAGCCACACGUACUCUGUUACUUUGAGAUGAAUUUGUUGUACUGAUUUAUUGCACUUUGUAAACAAAUUACCAAUUUUUUACUUGUGGGUGUGAUUUUUUAAAAUAGUUCUUUAUAUACAUACAAAUAAAAUUAGGUUAAAAUUUUCAAGAUUAUGAGACUGUUCAAUGAGCAGUGUUUGCUUGAAAAGUCUCAUUUUAAAAUCUUCCCCUGGCCUGAAGAACCCAUUUCCCUUUUCCAGUACAACCAUUAAAUAUACAGUGCUUCACCUAUGAUGAAGUUUUCUGUAUUUAAAUAUUUAUAUAUGUAUUUAAGAGGAUUUUUGUUUUGCUUAUUGGCAUUCCAAACAUUGACCAGUGUUAAAUGCACUUAACUUACAUUGCUUUUUAAUGUUUUCAAAGGCCCAACCAAUCACUAAGUCAAAUACCUGUAAAAAUUGUUAAAGGAUAUUUUAGAGUAUAAACAAAUUAUUAAUGAAAUAAAUGAGAUUGUGGAAUAAAUUUAGACUGGGACAGAGAAGGAAAACAAUAUGAAGCAUAUGAUUUGUACUUUUUAAGUAAUACCUUUUUGUAAUCAUGCUGUUCAGUCAAAGCAUUAUGGUUUUUAAUUGUAGAGAACCCUUUUUCCAGUAUACAGUGUAAGUGCAAUACGAAUUGUACAUACACAAUUGUCAUACUAUGUUAAGAGUGUCAGUCAUAAUUCUGAAUAGAUCAAGACAUGUUAGUUUUUUAUAUAUUUGCCCCUUAAGUCAAUAAAGCAACUUUUUCAAGGAAA